GUAUGAGAGCGUGAACGCGCUUUCCUCUCGGCUCGACCCGCCCCGCCGGUUUCCGUUCCUCCUCAGCCGCUGCCGGAGUUUGGGCCCGUAGAAGGAGAAAGGAAGCAGCGCCGGGGAGACGCAGCGGAGGAGCCCUUUCAGCAAUGGCAGCCAUUCGGAAAAAGCUGGUUAUAGUGGGUGAUGGUGCCUGCGGCAAGACCUGUCUGCUCAUUGUAUUUAGUAAAGACCAGUUCCCUGAAGUAUAUGUUCCCACGGUAUUUGAAAACUAUGUAGCAGAUAUUGAAGUUGAUGGAAAACAGGUGGAGCUGGCCUUAUGGGAUACAGCAGGACAAGAAGACUAUGAUAGACUUAGGCCUCUUUCAUACCCUGACACCGACGUUAUACUUAUGUGUUUUUCAAUUGAUAGUCCUGAUAGUUUAGAAAACAUUCCAGAGAAGUGGACUCCAGAGGUGAAACACUUUUGCCCCAACGUACCAAUCAUCCUGGUAGGAAAUAAGAAGGAUUUGAGGAAUGAUGAACACACAAGGCGGGAACUGGCCAAGAUGAAGCAGGAGCCAGUGAAACCUGAAGAGGGCAGGGAUAUGGCAAACCGCAUUGGUGCUUUUGGAUACAUGGAGUGCAGUGCAAAGACCAAAGACGGUGUGAGGGAAGUUUUUGAAAUGGCCACUAGAGCUGCUUUACAAGCCCGACGUGGCAAGAAAAAAUCCGGGUGCCUUCUCUUGUAAAGCACGGCCAGGGGAAGAUGGCUGAAGCAGCGCCCUGCACUCGAUAAAUUUUUGAAGUGCUGUUUAUUAAUCUUAGUGUAUGAUUACCAGCCUUUUUCAUUUAUCUAUAAUUUACUUAAGAGAUUUAAAAUUGAGUCUUGCUACCAGUAUUUAGAAGCCAACCAUGAUUUUUUUAUAACGGUCUGCAUCAAAUACAUCUGUGCACACAAGGGUUAACUUCAACAUUCCUUUAACAAAACUUUCUCUGCACUUGCAGGAUAUGCCAGGCGCUAAUUCAAGACAAUUCUCUAACUUCUUGCUUUUUUAGAAAUGGGGAGGGGAAAGCUGGUAACACUGAGAAUUGGGCUGUAACUACUUCAUAACUAACAUGUUCUAGCCUAUUCAGGCACAACAGACAUGGCUGUGGAUGAGGUCCUGAGUAACUUCAGUAUUUUCACAUUUGAUUUCUUCCCUCCCUCCCCCCCCCCCCGCCCCCCGAUUCUGUACUCAAAGGCUCUGAAGUGUAAAAUUGGUGGUUGGAAAAUGUGAUUAUCCUGAAAUGACCAAAGUCCCAUCCAGCUAUGAAAAGUGACAGUUCUGUGGUUUCAUGUUAGUUACCUUAUAGUUACUGUGUAAUUAGUGCCACUUAAAUGUAUGUUACCAAAAAUAAAUCUAUAUACCCCAGCCUAGAUGUAGUAUUUUUUGUAUAAUUGGAUUUCCUAAUACUGUUGCUUGUAACUUCUGUGUAAGGUGUUCUGGGUUUUUUAAUAGUGUAUUGCAAAAUAAAGUCAAAUGGAGAUUGAUGCCCUUUCCCCAUUUGUAAUUGUCCAACCCAUUUGUAUGACUUAAACAUGCCCAGAAAGCUCAUCUUAAUACCUCCUUUGGAGCAAGGGAAAAGCAGCUGUUUUACAGUCAAGGUAACUGAAUGUUUCAGAAGCUUUAAGUUAACCCCUGCUGAAUCCAGCUCCAAGCUGAAAAUGCAAUUUCUUGCUAAUCUGCUGGCCAAAUUCCCAUCCUGUGAACAUCUUGCUGUUCUGCAGCAAACUAAACUCUCUUCUGUAUUUCCUGUUUCCAACAACUAAUAAAAUAAAGGCAGUUUUCUAA